AUGUACCACGUUUCCAAAGUUCAAAAUUUGAACUUAUUAAGACGAGAUGCUAUUACAAAACUAAAGAUUUCAAUUGACAAUCUUCUGUUUUCCAGGGAAUCUAACAUGGAAGUAAAGGUGCUAUCUUCUCAUCUCCGUGAAGUAGAUGCACAUUUGCAAGAGUCAUGUUCGAAACUUUGCAAUGAAUAUGUGGAGUUGUUCAAGCCAGAGUUGGGCUGUCUUCAAGGUUUUGAGCUGGAUAUGCAAUUCAAAUCCAAUGCUAAGCCUCUUUUCUGCAAACCAGAGUCUGUUCCUUUCACUCUCCAAGCUGAUUUAACUCAAGCUAUUAAUGCUGGCAUAAAGAAAGGAAUUUGGACUCCGGUUCCAUUCAAUGAAUGGGGUACUCCAGUUGUUCCAGUCCGAAAAAAACAGACGUCCCAAACUACAGGUACGCCCUUACGAAUUUGUGGUGAUUAUUCUGUGACAGUAAAUUCUCAGUUGGAAAUUCAUCAACAUCCACUUCCAUUACCAGAAGAAUUGAUGUGA